UCAUGCUCUCCAGGAUUUUAUAGGCUUAAGUCUCCACCUGCGGGAAGGGCACCUGCUCAGUCCUUAGGUGCCUGUGUUGUAUGUCAAUGUCACGGACACAGUACUAUGUGUGACCCUGAAACAUCAAUUUGUCAGAAUUGUCAGCACAAUACUGCUGGUCACCACUGUGAGAGAUGUGCACUGGGAUUUUAUGGUAUUGUCCAAGGCUCUCCGGGUGACUGUCGGCCUUGUGCUUGUCCCCUCUCCAUUUCUAGUAACAAUUUUAGCCCUUCUUGUGUUGUGGAAGGACCUAGUGAUUACCGGUGUACUGCAUGCCCACCUGGAUAUGAAGGCCAGUACUGUGAAAGAUGUUCUUCUGGCUACACGGGAAACCCACAAACUCCAGGAGGCUCCUGCCAGGAAUGUGAGUGUGAUCAAUAUGGUUCCCUGCCUGUCCCCUGUGACCGUGUCACUGGACAGUGCACUUGCAAGCCUGGAUUCACAGGAUGGAAGUGUGUUGGCUGUGAACAUCGGCAUGCGCGUGAUGGCAUGAAAUGCAUUUCUUGUGAUGAUGAAUGCACAGGACUCCUUCUCAGUGAACUGAAUCGGCUAAACCAGAUGAUCCUGAGUGUUAACCUUAGUGGUCCACUACCUGCUCCAUACAGAACGUUGCACGGUUUUGAGAAUAUGACACAGGAAUUAAAGCAUUUGCUUUCACCUCAGCGAGCACCAGAGAGACUUCUUCAGCUAGCACAAGGAAAUCUGGAUACCUUGGUGACAGAAAUGGAUGAACUACUGACAAGAGUGACCAAGGUGACAGCAGAUGGUGAGCAAACCAGGCAGGAUGCUGAGAGGACUAAUGACAGCGCGAAAUCUCUUGCACAGUUCGUCAAAGGCAUUCUCCAAGCUGCUGAAGCUGCAAAUGAAGAUGCUAUAAAACUGAAUGAGACACUCAGAACCCAGGAUGAGACCUUGGAGAAGAGUCUUCCAGAACUGCAGAGUGAGGCUGACAGAAUGAUCACAGAGUUGAGAAGUAGAGCGCUGAAUGUACAAGAAAAAAUAGCUCAAGAUGAGUUAAACGCUCCUGGUCGCUGGCACUCCCUAGGGCUGUUUGUAACUCCUGCAGUUGCUCCUGGCAAUGCCCAGGACACAUCAGAGGAUCUUUUGGACAAGGUGAAGAAAUUAUUUGGUGAACCCAGUGAGAAAAAUGAGGAUCUCAAAAAUGAAGUCUGGGAGAAGCUAGCAAACUACCACGCCAAAGUUGAUGAUGCUCGAGAUCUGCUAAGAGAAGCUGCAAGUAAAAUUAGGGAGGCUGAUCAUUUAUCUGCAGUCAACAAAAAAAAUAUGACCAUGGUAGAGAAAAAGAAGCAAGCUGUAGAAGAUGGCAGACAAGAUGUUGAAAAGAGCCUGCAGGAAGGGAAUGAUGUCCUUAAUGAAGCCAACAAACUUGCAAAUGAAAUCAGCUUAGCUGUAGAGUAUGUAGAAGGCAUUGCAGAUAAGAUACAGCCAAUGUCCGAUCAGCUGAAGGAUAAAACAGAUGACCUAUCACAAGAAAUUCAUAACAGGAUGCUUCCAGAAAAGGUGUUACAAGCUGAGAACUAUGCAGCCCAGCUGAAUGAAUCAUCUGCAAUCCUGGAUGGAAUCCUUGCUGAAGCCAAAAACCUCUCUUUCAAUGCCACACUUGCUUUCAAUGCUUAUACUAACAUCAAGGAUUACACAGAUGAAGCUGAAAAAGUUGCCAAGGAAGCCAAGGCUCUUGCAAAUGAAGCUAUGCAAGCGACAUCUGAUCCUCAAGGAUCGUUGAAGGAUGGCGCCAAGAGCUCUCUUCAGAAAAGCUUCAGGGUCCUUAAUGAAGCCAAGACAUUAGAAAAUGAUGUUAAAGAAAAGAGGGAUAAUCUGGACAGCAUGCAGAACAGACUGAAAGAUGCUGAUGAGAAGAAUUCCGUUCUCCUGAGAACUUUGAACGAAACCUUAGGAAAGCUGUCAGCCAUUCCUAACGAUACAGCUAUAAAGGUACAGGCAGCCAAAGACAAAGCAAGACAAGCCAAUGAUACUGCAAAUGACGUCCUGGCCCAGAUUAAAGACCUCAACCAGAAUCUCCUGGGCUUGAGAAACAACUACAGUAAGCUUGCAGACGACGUGGCAAAAACAAAUGCUGUUGUAAAGGAUCCUAUCGAGAACAAAAUCAUUGCUGAUGCAGAUUCCAGUAUUAAAACCCUAGAAAAGGAAGCAGAUCGCCUGCUAGAUAAAAUCAAACCAAUCAAAGAACUUCAGGAUAACUUAGGGAAAAACAUUUCUCAGAUAAAAGAGCUGAUAAACCAAGCUCGGAAGCAAGCCAAUUCGAUUAAAGUGUCUGUGUCCUCUGGAGGCAAUUGUAUUCGCACAUACAGACCAGAAAUAAAGAAGGGAACAUACAACACCGUUAUUGUCAAUGUGAAGACUGUGGUUGCUGACAAUCUGCUUUUUUACCUUGGAAGUGCCAAGUUUACUGACUUCUUGGCCAUAGAGAUGCGCAAAGGCAAGGUGAGCUUCCUGUGGGAUGUAGGAUCUGGUGUUGGACGGGUAGAGUAUCCAGAUCUGACCAUUGAUGAUGGGUUUUGGUACCGGAUUGAAGCCUCUAGGACUGGGAAAAAUGGCACAAUAUCCGUGCGAGCUCUGGAUGGUCCUAAAGCCAGCAUUGUGCCAGCCACAUUCAGUGCUGUCUCUCCACCUGGAUAUACUAUUCUGGAUGUAGAUGCUAAUGCCAUGCUGUUUGUUGGGGGUUUAACUGAAAAGAUAAAGAAGUCAGAUGCUGUAAGAGUCACCACCUUCACUGGCUGCAUGGGUGAAACCUUUCUAGACAGCAAACCCAUAGGACUAUGGAAUUUCAGGGAUAUCGAAGGUGAUUGCAAAGGAUGUGCUGUCAGCCCACAGGUGGCAGAUGGUGAAGGGACGGUCCAGUUUGAUGGUGACAGCUAUGCCAUGGUGAGCCGCCCGAUCCGCUGGAACCCCAAUAUUUCCACAGUCAUGUUCAAAUUCAGGACCUUCUCAUCGAACGCCCUGCUGAUGUAUCUUGCUACCGAUGACUUGAAGGAUUUCAUGAGCGUAGAACUCAGUGAUGGGCGUAUAAAAGUCAGCUACGAUCUGGGUUCAGGUACAGCUUCUGUUAUCAGCAACCAAAAUCAUAAUGAUGGCAAAUGGAAAUCUUUCACCCUGUCAAGAAUUCAAAAGCAAGCUAACAUAUCAAUUGUAGACAUAGACACCAAUGAAGAAGAGACCAUAGCAACAACUUCUACAGGCAGCCACUUUGGGCUCAACUUAAAAGGGCAUGAAAAAAUAUAUUUUGGGGGAUUGCCAACCCUGAGAAAUCUAAGUAUGAAAGCAAGGCCUGAAGUGAACUUAAAGAAAUAUACAGGUUGCCUCAAAGAGAUUGAAAUUUCAAGGACACCAUAUAAUAUUUUGAGUAGUCCUGAUUUUGUUGGUCUAACCAAAGGAUGCACACUAGAGAAGAUUUAUACCGUUAGCUUCCCCAAGCCAGGUUUCGUGGAACUGCAACCUGUCUCCUUUGACAUGGGCACAGAAAUCAACCUCUCCUUCAGCACCAAGAAUGACUCUGGGAUCAUCUUGUUUGGCACAAGUGGCACAGUUGUCCCCCCCAGAAGAAAGCGCAGGCAGACUGUGCAGGCCUAUUAUGCAGUGUUCCUGAACAGAGGUCGACUGGAAGUGCAUAUCUCCACGGGGAUACGGGAUCCCCACAGAAUCACCAUCAAACCAGAAGCUGGCGAGUUUCACGAUGGCAGACCACACUCCAUCCGGAUAGAACGAGCUAAAGGGAUGUUCACUGUUCAAGUAGACGAAGACAAAGGCCAGACUCAGAGAUUGCCAACAGACCAGCCCAUCUCUGUUAAGAAACUCUUUGUGGGGGGUACUUCUUCUCAGUUUCAGACUGCACCUCUCAGAAACAUACCACCAUUUGAGGGCUGUAUAUGGAAUCUUGUCAUCAAUGCCAUCCCCAUGGACUUUGCUCAACCCGUAUCCUUUGAAAAUGCAGAUAUUGGCCAAUGUCCUUCUCUAGAACCAGAAGUUAGGCCACCUGAGGAUGAAGAUAAACCAAUCCACACAACAGUCCUCAUCCAACCUGAACCAGACACUAAUGGGGAGAAAGAAAGACCAAGGACUCCUCCUGCUUCCCCUCCUCCUCCAACACCAUCUCUAUCUUCAGCACUUGAUUCGCUUGCCACUGAAUUGAAGAGCGCCAGCAUUACUUCUGCAUUUGACUCCAUGACGGAUUCCUGUGCUGCUGACUCAGAACCAGCCAUUUUGGAAGGUGGCAAGCGAUUUGGUCUUUCAAGGAACAGCCACAUUGCAGUUGCAUUUGAUGACACCAAAGUGAAAAACAGACUUACAAUUGAAUUUGAAGUCCGAACAACAGCGGAUUCUGGCUUGCUGUUUUAUAUGGCCCGCAUCAACCAUGCUGAUUUUGCUACAGUUCAGAUAAAGAACGGACUGCCUUACUUCAGCUACGAUCUGGGGAGUGGAGACACCAACACAAUGAUUUCCAAUAACAUAAAUGAUGGCCAGUGGCACAAGAUAAAAGUAAUUCGAACGAAGCAAGAAGGAAACCUUAUAGUAGAUGAUGUUUCAAACAGGACUGUUAGCCCCAAGAAGGCCGAUAUAUUGGAUGUUGUAGGAAUGCUGUAUGUUGGAGGAUUGCCCAUUAACUACACAACUAGAAGAAUUGGUCCGGUCACCUAUAGCAUUGACGGCUGCAUCAGAAGUUUUAAAAUGACAGAAUCACCUGUUGACCUGGACAAUCCAACUUCCAGCUUCAAUGUUGGAAAAUGCUUUGUCACCGCACAGAAAGGAACAUACUUUGACGGAACAGGCUUUGCCAAAACAGUUGGUGCAUACAAAGUGGGAACAGACCUGCUCGUGGAAUUUGAAUUCCGUACAACACGAAUGAAUGGUGUUCUCCUAGGAGUCAGCAGCCAGAAAAUGGAUGGGCUUGGCAUUGAAUUAGUAGACGGAAAAGUGAUGUUUCACGUUGACAAUGGUGCAGGUCGAUUCUCUGCCAUCUACGAGCCUGAUGCAGCAGGCAGCUUGUGCGAUGGACAGUGGCACAAGGUUCUUGCAAACAAGAUCAAACACCGUUUAGAGCUGACUGUGGAUGACAGACAGGUGGAUGGUAACAGCCCAAACAGGGCCUCAACCUCAGCAGACACAAACGACCCUCUCUUUGUCGGAGGAUAUCCUGAUGGUGUGACCCAGUUUGGGCUGACCACUAAUAUCCGUUUUAAAGGAUGUAUUCGAUUUCUGAAGCUCACCAAGGGUACUGCGAACAGAUGGAGAAUUAAGUUUACCAUUUAG